GCAAAGAUACUGAGGUGUUGGGAGAGUUCAGGUUAUUAGCAUUAAUGGAAGUUAUUUCAAGGACUGCCGCCUUUGGGAGCAAUUCUUCCGAAGGGGAAGGCAUCCUUGAAAUGUUGAAGAAUUUGACUGCCAUAACAUCAAGAAAUGAUCUCAAAAUCAGGCCUCAUGUUGUCAGGUGAAUUCACAGGAAGACGGACGGAUUUAAAUGUGAGCUGCAGCUCAAGAUAACACACAACAAAAAUUAAAAUUUUAAGAUAAAAGUUCAGCCCAAAUCCACUUCAAUCCAAAUUCAAUUGAGCCCACCCUCAACCCAGCCCAGCCCACCCUAAAAUGCCGCCCCUGGUCGAAGCCAUGCUUUCUCUAUUUUGGAGCAUUUAUAGAGGACUUUCAAAUCCCUAACCUUGAAGUAUGAUGAAGUCUCUCAAAUUGUCAAGGCAAGCCUGCAAAGGACUAAGUGAUGUAGUGUUCCCGAAACUCAAAUUUCUAAAAUUCUCCAACUUAUUUAUUUGUGACGGUCAAUUUCCCAAACUUGAUCGUUUAUUUAUUUUUAGAUGAAUGUUUUUUUCUCAAGGAGGUCCCAUCUGAAAUAGGGCAUAUAUUGACACUAGAGAUGAUUGUGGAAUGCCCAAAAAAGAAAUAGAAAACAUUAAAGAGUGAUGUGGAGAUCUGUUUGGGAGCCACGUACGUGAUUUAUACCCAGCCAAUUCACAUAAUCACCGAUUAAUGAUAUGAUAAUAAAUAAAUACCAAAGAUGACCCAAAUCCACUCUAAUCGACUCUCACUAAUGAUAAUGAACGUCAAUGUAAAAAAUAUGAUACUCUUUAACAAUUAUUUAACAAUGUCCUGCUGAUCUAAGACUUCCUAAGCCGCCAUCUCCAGCAAUCGAAGUUGACUACUGCCAUUCAAACCUUAAAAAAUCGACGUUGAAAAAAAUUAUUUAAAAUGAGAGCAAAUAUAACUCAGUCAAACCAUCGUAUUAAGAUCGUUUGUUUUCUCCGACGUUAUCCCCUCGAUCUUCUAAGCGGGACGUCUCCCCCCCGAUCUUCUAAGGUACCUGGUACCCUGCCUCCGACCUUGCGAGGCUCAUCUUCUUCGCCAAGGGCGUUCAACCUUGCGACGCCCUUUUCUCCGCUACACUGAAGCAGCCAGGUAUCUCAUUACACUCUGGGAUUUGAAAGAAGUCCCCUCUCCACCCCCUUCCCAAGAAAACGAGUAGACACAGUGAUGGCUGAAAUUGCAGUCAAUUCUCUUAUGGAGAAUUUGAAGCAGUUGUCAAAUAGCAAGAUGUUUAUGAUUCUUAGAGGGAAGGAUCGAAUUGAAUCUCUUUACAACAGUCUUGGACUUUUGAGAACUUUCCUUCAAGAUCAGGACCAAAAGCUUCAUGAGCACAAGGAAUUGAAGAAUUUGGAGAGACGAAUUAGAGAUGUGGUGUAUGCGAUAGAAAAUACCAUUGAUUGGAUUGUAUUUGAUGCUAUCUUGAACAAGAAGUCCAAGAACAUGGUUCUUAUAUCUCAUAGGAUCAAGGCAAAGAAGAAGAUGAAGGCGAAUAGAAUUCGUUUGAUCUUUGAUGACUCACUAAACGUUGACUAUUUCAAGGAAGAGAUUAAUGCCAUCAAGAGGGAGGUUAUUGAAAUUCUUGAGGAACAAAGUUAUAACAUGAGAACCUUAGACAUUGGAAAUUUACCAAAAACAAAUAUACCGAAGUGGGAGGAGGAAGAAAUGGUGGGUUUUGUUGAGGAGGUGAGCAUCAUAUUAGAGGAUCUUGUUGGAGAAAGAAAGCAGCUAGAGGUUAUUUCAAUUGUUGGGAUGGCUGGGCUAGGCAAGACCACUCUUGCUAAAAGAGUAUAUAAUGAUCCUCUUGUUAAAUAUCACUUUGCUAUUCGUGGAUGGGCAUAUGUUUCUCAAGAGUACAACAAGGGAGAUUUUUUGCUUUGCCUCUUGAGUUCAUUUUGUCAAGACGCAAAUGACAUUCGUCAAAUGAGUGAAAACGAAUUGGCCCAGAUGUUGUACAAAUGCUUAAAGGGAAAGUUAUACUUUAUUGUGAUGGAUGAUAUAUGGGAUGGCAAGGUCUGGACUGAUUUGAUGAACUGUUUUCCAAAUGACAAUAAUGGAAGUAGAAUUUUGUUUACUAGCCGACAGGAAGAUGUGGCUUUGCAUGCCAAUCCUCGGAAACCCCCUCUUUUUCUACGAUUUUUAAAUGAUAAUGAGAGUUGGGAUUUGUUACAAAACAAGGCAUUUGGACGAAAAGAAACUUGUCCUCCAGAGCUCAUGGAGGUAGGCCAAAAAAUAGCACACAAAUGCCAGGGAUUGCCAUUGGCAAUUAUUGUGGUGGCUGGAAUUCUUGCAAGCAAAGAGAAAAGGCGUGAUUGCUGGAAUCAAGUUGAGGAAACCAUGAAUUCGUGGAUAGCUGGGGAUCCACAACUAUGGAUGAAAACACUAUCACUGAGUUACUCGUACUUGCCUUAUCACUUGAAGCCGUGCUUUCUCUAUUUUGGGGUAUUUUCGGAGGACUUUCAAAUCCCUGUUUCAAGAUUGAUUUGGUUGUGGGUUUCUGAGGGAUUUGUUCAUGAGAUGGAGGGAAAAAGCUUGGAGGAUGUAGCAGAGGAGUACUUGAUGGAUCUAAUUAGUAGAAGCCUUGUAUUAGUUUCUGUAAGAGGGUUUGACAAUGCUAUUGAAGCCUGUGUUAUCCAUGAUUUGGUGCGUGACUUUUGCCAAAGAAAGGCUGAGGAAGAUUGUUUCCUGUUGAAUGUUUCUCAUCAGGAUUUUUUGUUGGGUGCACGUCGUCUGAUCAUUCAUCGUCCAAAUUUUAAACGUAUUUUCUCAAUCCCUCCUUCACUGCAUGUCCGCUCAUUUGUGUGCACUCGGUCAUGGGUUUGGGGUAAAAUAGCACAUCUUGAAUUCCUUUCUGAAAGUUUCAGACUUGUUAAGGUUUUGGACAUGAAUUCAAUUGUGUUUUAUGAGUACCCCAGUGGGAUAGAACUACUACUACUAUUGAAGUACGUGGCCUUUUCUCUUCGGUUGGUUGGACAAGGAACCAUCCCAGAUUCAAUAUGGGACCUUCAGAAUUUGGAAACUCUUAUCAUUCAAACUAAAUGGACGCCUGUAUCUAUGUUAGUUAUUCUUCCUAAAUUUACAAACAAGAUGGUGAGCUUGAGGCAUCUCUGUCUUACUGGGACAGCAAUUUAUAAAAUAGUUGCCCCAGUUCCUUUCUUAUUGAAAGACCUACAAACUCUGUCAUUGGUAGAUCCAGGGUCUUGGAAAGAUUUCCUUGCAAUGACUCCACAUCUUAGGAACCUCGGGUUUAGGGGGAACAUGGUACGGAACAAGUGUUUGACAUUUCCUGAUCUAGACUUUCUAAACCACCUCCAACAAUUGAAGUUGUCUAAUACUGGAACUUCUUGGUUCUCAAAUGAGUUGGGAAGUAUGAAAUUGCCCACAAAUCUUAAGAAGCUGACUCUGGAGGGGACCUAUUUGAAGUGGGAGGAACUAUUGCGUCUGAGUGAGUUAGUCCCCAACCUGGAGUCUCUCAAUUUGUCAAGGGGUGGCUGUAGUGGACGACAGUGGGAAGUAAAUGAUGUGGUGUUCCCCAAACUCAAAUUCCUAAAAUUCUUCCGCCUCCAUGUCAAAGAGUGGAUUGUUUGUGAUGGCCAGUUUCCCAGCCUUCAGCAUUUUGCCUUGGAUGAAUGCUUUUUGCUCGAAGAGGUACCAUCUGAAAUAGGGAACAUAUUGACAUUAGAAAUGAUUGAGGUCCGGAACUGUAAACCCUGUGUUGAAAAUUCUGUUAGGCAAAUUGUGGAAGAGCAAAAAAGUAUGGGAAAAACACUUGUGUGCAAAAUAUUCUGAUUCCGAGUCUAAUUUACAGACAUCGUGGAUGGACCUUGUUUCCGUUGAUCACAAGUGUUCAUGAAUUCCAGCUUGACUUCUUUAUUCACCAAAUGAAGUGAUGAUGAAUUUCAAUGUGCUUGCUUCUUGCAUGAAAAAUUGGAUUCUUGGGCAUGGUGAUUGCUGACAUAUUGUCACAAAAGAUCUUUGUAGGACCUGUUUGCUGUUGACACAAAUCUUGAAGGAUUCUUCUUAACGAAACUGCUUCACAAGCUGCUUAUGUGGCUAACAUAUACUUGGUUUCAGCUGUGGAAAGUGCCACUGUUUGUUGUUUCUUAAAACUCCAUGAAAUCACUUAUAUGCCUAAGCUAAAAAUGUAUUCUGAUAUGCGUUUUCGAUUAUUUAAACAACCUGCCCAGUCACUAUCAAUUUAGCCAAUUAGCUCUUCUCUUUCUCAGCUUGAUAUUUUAUUCCCAACUUUUUAGUAACUCAGAGAUAGCGCAAGAUUCUCUUUGC